GGUACAUUCCGCAGGUGGCUCAUAGUCAUGAUCUAGACCACAUAAAUACAGUAGCGGUGACAUUUCUGUGAACUGGACUGUCAAAAACAGGUUUUCUACAUCUCGAAACAUCACAGCAAUGGCGACACUGGUUGGAGGUACAUCCGUGGUGAAGCAAGCCACCGCCGAGGUGCAGAAGAUCUGCGAUGAGGUCAAACAUCAUGCAGAAGAGAAGACGGGGAGGAGGUUUACUGUUUUCAUUGCUAAAUCUUUUACCAUGCAGGUUGUGGCGGGAACCAACUACUUCAUCAAGGUAAAUGUUGGAGGCGAUGAAUUUGUUCACCUGAGGGUUCAUAAGUCACUUCCUCACACUGGAGGAAAACUCCAGCUGCAAGGGAUCCAGACGUCUAAAGCUCAUCAUGAUCCUAUUGAAUACUUCUAAUACAAACACACAGAUAAUAAAAUGCCAUACUGUAUACAGAACAGGCUGAUAUAUGUGAUAUAAUCAACUAAUGCAGUUAUAAAAGCUUUCUUCAGUGCUACACCAUUAAAUAUUCUCAUUCCAAAUGUUUUAUAAAAGAUUAUGCUUCUUCUAACCUAAAGGGAAAUAAAUGUCAUAUUUCAAAUG